AUGUCGAGCUCGCACCUAGCCCCACCAGCCUCAUCUUCUUCCGGCUUCGCCCAACACAACCAUGCCUCCUCAUCCUCAUCCUCAUCCUCCAAACACACCUCCUCACACUCCUCAUCCCACUCACACCACCACCACCACCACCACUCCAACGCAGCAAUACCAACAGCAUCCCUAGUCGAACCUCCCGCCUUAUUUGCCUCAGUCGCACCACAAAUAUAUCGUUCUGCCACCCCAAUCCCAUCCAACCACACUUUCCUACGCACUCUACAGCUUAAAACAAUCCUCUCCCUGACCGCAGAGCUACCCUCGCCGAGCCUUACGGCAUUUUGCAAAAACAAUGGCAUCAAAUUCCUCCAUUUCGGACUGAAACGGUGGGGUAGCGAAGACUUUUCCUCUUACAGCCCUUCCCUUGCUCCAACCACCAGCGAUAAAUCAGGGGACGAAGGAGAGGAGGACACAGGAUCACUAGAUCUCUCAUUUUUACACACGUUCAAGUCUCCCUCUGCGCCGCUUCACACAUCUUCUCCCACCACAGCUCCUUUCUCUACCUCCUCCAGUAGCCCAACAUUAACAGAAGGACUGGUGAAAGACUCGUUGCAGAUCCUGCUCAACUCAAGUUAUCAUCCGGUUCUAGUCACCGACACUUCAGGAAUCCACGAAAUCGGAGUCCUACUCGGCUGUCUUCGCAAACUACAACGAUGGAACUUCGCUACCAUUCUACUCGAGUAUCUCCAUUUUGCCGGUAAUAGGGCAAGAGCAACAAACGAAAGAUUCGUCGAGAUGUUCGAUACGGAUCUCAUAACCUACCCCGAGGAGGAGAAAUUGCCAUUCUGGUUCAAAGAGCAAGUCCAGGCAGAUGAUGCUGAACUGGAUCGAAUCGAGUCAUGUCAAUAG